AUGGCUGGACCAGAACCCCCCUCCGUCGCACCCCUCAGCCUCGCCGAAUCAGCCACUGACACCGCCUCUAAAGCCCACGAGCAAGAGAUCAACCCAUGGGACGUUCAAGCCGCCACCGACGAGCAAGGCAACACCCUCGCCUUCGACUACGCCGCCAUAUCCGCAAAAUGGAACACUAGUCUAAUAAAUUCCACCCUACUAGAACGCUUCGAGCGCGUCACAGGCCGCAAGCCGCAUCGCUGGCUACGGCGCGGACUCUUUUUUUCCCACCGCGACCUCGACCGCAUCCUAGACAUCUACGAGCGCGGCGAGACAUUCCUGCUGUACACCGGGCGCGGUCCCAGUAGCGGUUCCAUGCACAUCGGCCAUGCCAUCCCCUUCGAGUUCACCAAAUACAUGCAAGAUGUGUUCGACGUCCCGCUGGUCAUCAUGCUCACCGAUGACGAGAAAUUCCUGUUCAAGGAAAAACUGACGCAGCCUGAGGUGUACCAAUUCGCACGCGACAAUGCCAAAGAUAUCAUAUCCAUUGGUUUCGAUGUUAAAAAGACGUUCAUCUACAUCGACUCCGAGUUCUUCACUUCAGGAUAUAACCGCCAUUUCAGUCUUAACGCAACCGAAUUUGAGAAGCUGAUUACGAACAACCAAGUGCGUGGCGCAUUUGGCUUCGACGGAUCUACCAACGUCGGCAGUAAUGCUUUCGCAGCAAAACAAUGCGUCGCUGCCUUCGCAUCAUCGUACCCUUUCAUCUUCGGCGAACAGUGCACCUCUUACCACCGCUCAAAAAAACUGGCUGCAAUGGCUUGUCUGAUCCCCUGUGCAAUAGACCAAGACCCGUACUUUCGCCUCGUGCGGGAAAACUGCUCGCGCAUGGAUCAGCCCUCCCCCAAACCCGCACUCAUUCAUUCUAAAUUCCUAACCUCGUUGCAAGGUGCAGGCGGCAAGAUGAGCGCGUCAAACCCCAACUCCGCAAUCUACCUGUCCGACACAGAAAAACAGAUCAAGAAUAAAAUCAACAAGCACGCUUUCUCCGGCGGUCAGGAAACACUCGAACUCCACCGCGAGCUAGGCGGGAACCCGGACAUUGAUGUCGCAUUUCAGUAUUUGUCGUAUUUUGAAGAUGACGAUGAUAAGCUUGCGACGUUUGCGGAGCAGUAUAGGAAGGGCGUUAUGCUAACAGGAGAUAUGAAGAAGGAGUGUGUAGGCAUGAUGACGGCAUAUGUGCAGGGGUUCCAGGCGGCAAGGGUGAAGGUCACGGAGGAAAUUCUGGAGGAGUUUAUGAGGCCCAGGAAGCUGGAGUGGAGGGGAAAUCCGAAUCCGACGAAGAAGGUAGGAGCGGGAAGUGGGGCAGGAACUGUUGGGGAGGAGGCAAAGGGGGUGGACGGAGAGAAGGGCCCGAGUAAGAAUGCAGCGAAGAAGGCGGCGAAGUUAGCUGAGAUUGAGAGGAAGAAAAGGGAGAAGGAGGCGGCGAAGAAGUGACCGGUUGAAAUUAAGACUAGAGAUCGAGGUACUGAUACAGGUAGAUAUGGUAGAUAUGAUACCACGAGAACAGACGUUCUAUUUGGGCUGCACAUGUGCAUUAUCUUAACUGAUAG